GGCCAGGGAAGGGGAAAGGAGCAGGGGCCCAGCUCCAGGAGGGGAAGUGGAGGGGGACCCCAGGCCUGCCUCCUUGCACCCCCUUUUGCCUCUUCCUCCCUGGGCUCCACACCCUGAGAGGGCAGCCAGCCGGGUGGGGAAGGCUUCCUGGGGGGUCCCGAGGAUAGACGGGCACGGGAUUUGGGGAGAGCAAAAGCUGCCCCCACCUCAGGGUCCCCAGGGCCAGAGCAGCAAGGGGUGGCCUCAGGCGAACAGCAGCCGGGCCUCCCAACACCCCCUCGAGCCUCAGUUUCCCCGUCUGUGAGGCAGGAAGGGGAGGAGCAGGGACCCCAGUCCCCGUGUCCCCCACUUUCAGAUGCUGAGUGUGCGGUAGGAUUGGGGACAUGGGGUUGGGGGUACUGGUGCCUACUCACCCCCCCAUGCCCCCCACCCUCUCGGCCAUGGCCUCUGACCUCCUGCGUGGCCUCCACUAACCUCAGAUCCUUUCUCCUCUGACCUCUGACCCGCGGCCUUGCUUCUUGUUCCAUGACCCUCCCCCCCCGUGAAGUCCAUGCUCCAGGUACGUGACAUGACUUCACCUGUGUGCACGUGUGUGCCGUGUGUGCACGUGUGUGCCAUGUGGGGUGCACAGGAGCCAGGCCCGAGAGAAGGAACAAGGGGGCCGACAACUCAGGCCUGUGGCCCAGCUCUGUGCCCCACAGCCCCCCACUGCCUCACUCCCCAACUCUGACCCAGUCUCACAACCUUCCCCCCUCCCCUCUCUCUCUCCAUGUCCCCCCCACGAUGCCUCCUGCAGAGGAAGUUCAAGAAGAGGAGAAACCAAGAUACAAACUCACUGCUCCUAAGAUCCCGGAAGGGGAGAAAGUAGACUUCGAUGACAUCCAGAAGAAGCGCCAGAACAAGGACCUCAUGGAGCUCCAGGCUCUCAUCGACAACCACUUCGAAGCCCGGAAGAAGGAAGAGGAGGAGCUGAUUGCUCUUAAGGAAAGAAUUGAGAAGCGCCGUGCGGAGAGAGCCGAUCAGCAGCGGAUCCGCGCCGAGAAGGAGCGGGAGCGCCAGAACAGACUGGCGGAGGAGAAGGCCAGGAGGGAGGAGGAGGAUGCCAAGAGAAGGGCCGAGGAUGACCUGAGGAAGAAGAAGGCCCUGUCCUCCAUGGGUGCCAACUACAGCAGCUACCUGGCCAAGGCAGACCAGAAGAGGGGCAAGAAGCAGACGGCCCGGGAGAUGAAAAAGAAGAUCCUGGCCGAGAGACGCAAGCCCCUCAACAUCGACCACCUCAGCGAGGACAAGCUGAGGGACAAGGCCAAGGAGCUCUGGGAGACCCUGCACCAACUCGAGACCGACAAGUUCGAGUUCGGGGAGAAGCUGAAGCGCCAGAAAUACGAUGUGAGUCCGGGCCGCCCUGGGCCCCCGCCCGCCGGAGGCCACCUCAGCCUCUCCGGGAGCCCCACUGUCCUGCGGACCCCACCCCAAAGACCACGCAGGCUGCCCCCGGCCCUGCGGCCAUGCGGCGAGCUUCCCGCCGUCGGACCAGCCUCUGCCGGUGCUGGGUCCACCCCCGAGGCAGGUCGUGAUGACACCGCCCCGAGCCGUCAGCCAGCCUGGGGGCCCCGGGGGACAGACCCCAGUGGCUGGGCAUCUCCCUGUGGCUUGAGGAACGUCCCUGGUGUCACCGAGGUCAUCUGGGAGGCAGUAAAGCCCUGGCCCAGGGAGGUCCGCUCCACAGCCUCCUCCCUGCAAGCCAGCCCCCCAGGAAGUCCAGUCUCUCGGAGUCCUGGAGAUGGCCCCCCUUGGUGGCUGACCCCGCUCCCCACCCAGGCUCACUCUUCCUCCCGACCCUCAGGUGAUGGGGUGCCCACCGGUCUCCAAGCCGGCAGAGGGGUGAUGCACACCCCCAGCCCAGUGGCCAGGAAUGGGGGGCUGGGGCAGGGCUCUCGGGGGCAGGGGUCUGGCCACCUGGAAUGGCCCGAGAGGGACUCACGACUCGGAGCCACUGCGAUGCAGCUGUCAUCCCCGGGGGUGAGGCUGGGGACCCCAAGGUGGGCUGCCGGGUGGCCGAGGAAGACAGGGGCUGGAAGAGGGCUGCAUGGACCCGGGAGCGAGUCCUGGGUGCAAACACAGACACCCCAGCUUCGUCCCCACAGGCCCUGAGCUGCCCUCCUCUCCUCAGGGCACCCAGAGGGGGCAGCUCCUGUUUGUGGAGUGCCUGCCCUGGCCCCCCAGCAGGGCCAACAACAGCAGGGGCUUCUGCGGGCCUCGGUUUCCCCUUCACAGAAGGAGAACGGUGGUACUUUCCUCCCGGGGCCGUCCCUAGGAGUACACAUGUCCCCAUGGGCCCUGCCCUUCCCUGAUGGCACCCAUGACCCCCGCGAGGGACCCCCCCCCCCGGGGCCUGGGCCCUCCCCCAGCGCACCAUAACCCCUUGGUCCCCUAGAUCAUGACUCUCCGGGCCAGAGUGGAGAUGCUGGCCAAGUUGUAAGUACCCAGAGCCCCUCGUGGGCGCCUGGCUGUGCGGUGCACAAUGAGCCUCUGGCAUGUCAGCACGCGGGGCGGUCGAGGACGCUGGUGGCACGGGCACAGACUGGGGCAGGCUGCCCUGCUCCCUGACGCCCGCUGCCCCCACUGGCAGGUGGGGAGGGGCCCCCGAGAGCCGCCUUGGCCGGGGUGCCCCAGGCCGGAGGGGGUGGUGGGGCCAGGGCCCGGGGCAAAGCAUGGGCUCUGGGCUCAGUGGCCCCCGGCCUGGCUCCAGGAGGCUCCGGUGCAAGAGCAGGCACCCGGGCAGGGAGGGGCGGGCACCUGCCCCGCUCCGUGCCCCGUCCCUCGUCCCUCGGGGUGGAAGGUAAGUGGCCGGCUGGGGACUGCUGUGUGCCAUGGCCCCCCACCCAGCGCAGGCCCCAGGGGCCGGCCAGGGCCUUUGAUGAGAGGAGCCGGGAAGCAGAGAGGCUGCGGAGAGCCAGGCCUGGCCAUGGGGACGCGGCCGUCCACCUGCCGCCUGCCUGGUCGGGGUAAGUCGUCUGUGUCGUUUGCAGAUCACCAACCUCAGGAGCCGCAUCGACCAGGCCCAGAAGCAGUGAGUUGCCCUCCGCUCCUCGCUCUGUGCUGGGCACACGGUGCCCCCCGCCUGGGGCCCGGCCCUUACCCAGGGCUGGGGGCGCCGACCCUUGGCAGAGCAG